GUUUACUCCCACGCCGCUUCGUUUUCGUUCUUGUCGGCCGUUCCCCAUCCAUCUCCAUCCAGAUCGCGGAACCCCAUUUGACUACCACCGGCUUCGCGGGACCCCCUCUCCCCUCCGGGAUGGACGACGGGCCCGGCCUCGCCGGCGAGCCCGCCCCUGCGUCCUCGUCGGCAUCCUCUUCCGGCUCGCGGGCCUCCCGGCCGCGCAAGGGGGUGCGGCUCCGCCCGCUGCGCCGGCGGCGCGGUCCGGCGCCCGCCGCACUGGCUUCUCGGGGCGGCGACGGCGAAGGCGAAGAUAAUGGCGGCGCCGCCGCGCAGGACGGCCUCGCGCUGCCCCUGGGGAUGUCGUUCGCGGCAGUUCUCGCGCGGGUUAUGAAUUCGAGCAAUGAUUCAGGCGAAAGAUUGCAUCCGGUCAUCCUUUCCAAGAUCUGUACAUCAGCGGUGAAGGAAUCUUUGGCAAAUACAUAUGGUGACAGGUUUGACAGUUUCAUGAGAAAUUUUGAGAAUUCAUUUAGCAGCACACUGAGGACGCUUCAUCGUAUUAAUGAGAUACCUGUCUAUGAGAGUAGUCCUACUCCUGAAUACUCUUCUACAGAUGGAGGCUCUGGGGCUGUAGGAAACUCGAGCGCUGUUGAUCUGCAAAAUCAUACAAAAGAAAUCGAGCAGGACCUCAUGAACUCUGUAGAAAGUCAACUUGUUCUUUAUGCCAGAGACAAUCGACAGCUGGCUGAUCGUGCUCAUAGCAGAUCCUCUCGUGAAGCUGAUCAGUGCAUUCUCAGUGCUUUUGAGAGAUCUGUGAAGGAGCAGGCUCGCUCAAACGAACUCAAGGAGUGUGAGAUUAGUCUUAGCAUGAGAAAGCUGCAGCUGAAACAGACUGAAUUAGCUCUUAGCUCCUCCUCGCACAUGUUAGAGAAGAUUAAGUUGUCCUUGGGUUUUCAGAAAGCUUCCUUCCAAGGAGAGAAAUUCAAGACUCAGAUGCAGGACACAAGGCAUGCAGAAAUUCUGAGGACUCUUAUAGAUUUCCUUGUUAGUGCAGUGGUAAUUAUGUCAGUGUGUUUUGCUUAUGGAACUUAUGUUCACUCGUACCAACGGAUAACUGAUGUUACAGCAGCUUGUUCAGCUGCUUCAAGGGGAUCUAAAUCUUGGUGGGUGCCAAAUUCAGUGUCAAACUUCAAUUCUGGCUUGCAGUUCGUCAGAUGUCAUGUGAUAGCAGCAACACGUAUGUGCUUUGGCAUAGUCAUGAUUGUGGCAAUUGCUUGGUUAGCAUCCCAGCGUUCCGCACUGACUGGAUCAAAUAUGCCUAUAACUUUCAAUUUCAUUUUGUUGGGAGUUAUUUGCGGCUUUGCUGGAAGGUUUUGUGCCAAUACUCUAGGCGGUGAUGGAAAUAUCUGGCUUGUAUGGUGGGAAGUCCUUUGUUCCAUCCAUUUACUUGGAAACUGUUAUCCAUCUGUUAUUUACCACGUUCUUCAUGGUCCUAUAUCAGUAACUCACAGCAAGGAUGGUAUGUGGCUCCCGUACUGGGUUCGCCGGUGCAUAUUUUAUGCUGUGCUGGGGCUUGUUAUCCCAGCCUUGACUGGCUUACUUCCAUUUGCUUCUCUCUCUGACUGGACGGACCAUUUUACGGAAGAGAUAAAAUCCUUCUUUGUUGGUAACGAAGUUGAAGCCUGAAGUAUCUUGUGUUCAAAUAAACCUUUUGGACUUCUGGAGGAGUAACAUAUGUUGAAUUUGAUGUUUGCCUCAGAAGUUUAUCUUUGGAGAAGGAAACUUUGGAUGGGAGUUGAUGGCAUUGUUGAACCAUAAAGGAAGAAUAGUUGAAGGUAUCAAUGCUUGCAGUC